CAGACGUACUGGCAUAUGCCGUAGUUUGUACGAGCAUACGGAUGAACUGACUUAAGACUGUUCCAAGAUGUUCGUCUACGUUAUAAGUUCAUCCUUCAUCGUGUCACUUGUGGCAGUCUGUUGUCAGACCCGAAGGACCCCUUUGAAUCAGGCCGUUUGGCUUGAGGAUAUCACCCAGAACGCCAAGACUCGCAAUCUGGACCUGGGGUUGCCGGAAACUCUUCAGUUCAUGCUGAAGCGCAGCGGGCAACAAGAUUUGACCUUGAAUCUCGUGGAGAACAAGCGACUGAACCAGAACGCUCCGGUCUACGAGGUCCACACAGAGAAUAGUCAAAAUAAACUGGUCAAAAAAGAAACAGCGCCCAUUACUGAUGUGAAGUUCUACCUCGACAAGGAGAAUGGUGGGUCGUUCAUGGUUGAAUGCACCAAGAGAUCAAAGGGCGCGUGCCGACGAACACUGACUGGUAGUUUGGUGAUUGACAAUUACGCAUUCGAAAUCAACCCGACGCGGGAAAUGUUUGAGUCAAGAUCACUGGCCGGCAACAAGCUUAAUCCCCAUAUGCUUUCCAGGGUGGUAAAUCGCAUUGCUAUUUCUAGACGGGGUCACAUUAGCGAAGAGCUUGCCAAAGAAUUACGACAACUCCUGAUGAAGAGCGAGUUGGAUGCCUUUACAGAGACACUUCAUCAUCAGGAGAGACAAUCAACCAAGACGUACGCCCUGGAAAUCCUUGUCGGCGUCGACCCUUCCGUCUGGAAAAAGUACUACGCAAAAGCUGUUGACACGGCCACUAUGACUAAGGAUCAGGCAACUGAGUUGUUCAUCCGGAAGCGUUUCUCUCACAUCAUUAACGGGAUGAGUCUUCGCUAUGAAAGCAUCGACGAUCCCGAGUUGAGGAUUUACGUGACUAUGACUGGAAUCAUCAUUUACAAGACGAUUGCUGCCAACAAUCCGUUACCGAAUGCUCAAACAGUGGAGACGGUUGAGGGGAGGGAGGUUGCAGAUGGCGAAUUCUACGCAACAAAACUUGUCGACUGGCUUGCUGGUCUCUCUGGCACACCCGAUAAUGAUCACGCUAUGGUGUUUACCGAAUACGACAUAUACUCGGUUGACGAAGGAAAGAGAUCGUAUGUCGUGGUAGGGAUGGCUGAUAUGAACGGCGUGUGUAAAAGUAAUCGUGUGUCCAUUCAAGAGGACGAUGACUACUACACAACGACAAGUGUCGCUGCGCACGAAUUAGGACACAACCUCGGUUCCGAGCAUGACGGCGACCCAAGAGAUGCCGUCGCCUCGGCUUGUCCCGCCCACUCAAAGUUCCUCAUGGCCCCGUCUGUGUCCUCAUUCAGUAGCGGCGAUGCGUACACGAUGAACCCCUGGCGCUUCUCGACAUGCUCCAUAAAGCAGUUCAAACAUUACAUCCAGGCUCUGGGUACUGACAACUGCCUGCUGGACCCAGGAGACUCCACGGACGAGUACAAAAUCCACUCAACCAAGCAACCCGGGGAGCUUUACUCGCCCACAGAGCAAUGCCAGCUUGAAUACGGAGAAAAUUCGAAAUUGGGAUGCGAUCAGUCGGCCACAAACCCGCGGAUAUGCCUGCACAUGACAUGCGAGCGUGAUGGUAAUUGCCUCGAUAUUGCUGCCGCCCGAGGCACACCGUGCGACGAUCCUUCUCUGAACAAGUGGUGCAAAGAGGGAAAGUGUGUCGCUAAAGGAACGUAAGAAAACGGCAUUUACUACUAGAAAUAAUUGCGAAAACCGGCUUUUUGACCACGGAUACAACAUAUUUCUUUAUAAGUGUAUACUCUGUGUUCGUGUUUUGACAUAAAUUAAAACUUAUAUUUUUUCCUAAUAAACAA